GAAGCAUGAACGGCUUCGAACGGCCACCUCUUCGAGUGAAUAGAAAUUUUUUCUACGAAUCGGAAAACAUCUUCAAACUGCUUGAAAUUGCGUUGGGUAUAUGUUGCGCCAUAUUCAAUGCGCAAUGCUUUCCAAACGACGUCGUGCUCAGAUGUACAUACACAAUGCAUUCAGUUACUCAACUAUUCUCAGUUGUCUGUGUAAAUGCGUUUUUUCUUGUGACCACCACAGCUCUUGUAUUAUGCAAUCUAUUUGGUGUUGUGGACUCCUACUACAAGUUCAAUUUCCCUGUCGUUGAGAGAAGAGUGUAUCUGUUGACUGUGAUCAUGUACAUAGUGAGCUUGAUAAUGGUGAUAGCAGCAAUCUCACAGUCGAGAUUUGUGUCGGCUUGGGUAUUUCCGCUGAUAUUCACCGCCCUCACUACGGUUACUUACGUAUAUGACCUCAUUCGCAAAUAUGACGGGUCACCUUAGACAGCAGUUUGCCCAAACUGUACUUGAAAACAGAGCUAACAUAUUUAUCCGUAUAGAAAAUAAAACAUAAGAAUAC